UAAAAAAAAAAAUGAUCACUCCGUAUUUACCUCAUUGGGUUUUCCAGAAAGGACACAUUUAUAAAUAGAAGCAAAGUGUUCCGAACAGCACCUGUAAAUGCUAAGCGCUAUGAGAGUUUGCUUCUAUCAUCAUUAUUAUUUGAUGCUGUUUUCAUAAUCAUGCUGAUGAAGAAUAACCAGAGUUCUAUCCUGCUUUGUCAUGAUUACUGACGAAGAUGCCACUGAAAAAUAAUUCAGGAGCAUCUUGACGGUGCCAGUGGAUUUCAAGAGGCGACGAUCAACGUGGAAGAUCAACGCUCGCAACCCCGAGCCUGGCGCCGGGCAGGGGCGCGGCACUCGAUUUCCUUCCCUGCCUCCGCCGUCCCCCUGGUGCGCAUGCUCAGUCCUGCUCGGCCCUUGCCUUUGAUUUAUUUUUUUCUGGGCGGCCGCGGCGACCCGGGACUGGCUCCGGGAUGGGAAGUGAAGCCCCCGGAGCUGCGGCGGCGGCGGCGGCGCUGUGAGGAGCAGCCAGGGGGAGGCAGCUGCGGGUCGUCGGUGAGUAUCUGGGAAGCGCUACCAUGGCGUUUCGUAAGAAGAGCACCAAGAACCCCCCAGUCCUGAGUCACGAAUUCAUCCUGCAGAAUCAUGCGGACCUCGUCGCCUGUGUGGGGAUGUUCUUCGUGCUGGGGCUUAUGUUCGAGGGAACAGCUGAAGCGUCUAUCGUUUUUAUUACUCUUCAGCACAGUGUUACCUUUCCUGCAGCAGAAGAACGAGCCACAGAAUCAAAGUUCCUUUACUAUUAUGGCAUCAAAGAUUUGGCCACGGUUUUCUUCUACAUGCUAGUGGCAAUCAUCAUUCACGCCACAAUUCAGGAGUAUGUGUUGGAUAAAAUUAACAGGCGAAUGCAGUUCCCCAAAGCGAAACAAAGCAAAUUUAAUGAAUCUGGCCAGUUUAGUGUAUUCUACCUUGUUUCUUGUAUUUGGGGCACAUUCAUUCUAAUUUCUGAAAACUGUCUGUCAGACCCAACUCUCUUAUGGAGGGCUCAUCCCCAUAAUAUGAUGACAUUUCAAAUGAAGUUUUUCUACAUAUCACAAUUGGCUUACUGGUUUCAUGCCUUUCCCGAACUCUAUUUCCAGAGAACCAAAAAGCAAGAUAUCCCUCGUCAACUUGUCUACAUCGGUCUUCACCUCUUUCACAUUGCUGGAGCUUACCUCUUGUACUUGAAUCAUCUGGGACUUGUUCUUUUGAUGAUGCACUACUUUGUUGAAUUACUUUCCCACAUUUGUGACCUGUUUUAUUUUAGUGAUGAAAAGUACCAGAAAGAGUUUUCUCUGUGGGCAGUUGUGUUUAUUUUGGGUCGACUUGUGACUUUAAUUGUUUCAGUAGUGACUGUGGGCUUUCACCUGGCCGGAGGGCAGAAUCAGAAUCCGGAUGCCAUUACUGGAAACGUAAACGUGUUGGCAGCUAAAAUUGCUGUUUUGUCAUCCAGUUGCACCAUCCAAGCAUACAUAACAUGGAAUUUAUUUAAUGUCCAGCUUCAAAGGUGGAUGGAAGAAGACACUGCUCUUCAGGCCCCAAGUGUGAAGAAGAAACGGACUAAAGGGAGGUCUUCUAGAAAAGGAACAGAAAAUGGUGUGGCAACUUCAAAUAGAGUAGACUCUCCCCAUAAAAGGAAAGAGAAAUCUUCAUAAUGAAUUACAAGCUAGUUGAUGACUGUCCCCAAAGAAGUCUGCUCUUUACUAUAAGAUAUCUUUGUGUGCUGCAGAUUUUUCUGUUCUUGAAGAUAGUUUGUGCUGUCUUUGAUUUCUAUUAUUGUACUGUGUAAUGUAUUUUUUUAAAGGCAUUUGAGGGGAGGAUGAUUAUGAACGGAAACAAAAUGAUACAGACUAAGAAUCAUCAAAUGGUUCAGGGAUCACCACAUUUUGUUUUGUUACUUUUGAACAAUGAUUUCCUAAUGAUUUGUAGAUAAUAACUAAAAAAAGCCGCAUUAUCAGUGACACAAUUUCUUGCUCCUGCCAAUCUUUUAUAACAUUAGCAAGGUGGUCUGGUAUAGCAACGUCACAUUUUUUAAUGUUCUCUUUUAGGACAACAUGGAAAUAUUAUAAAGGUGGAAUUCAACUUCAUUACGUUUUCAGUGUUCUCUAAUUCUUAGAAUUUAAUUUUUUUUUUUUUUUUAGAACUUACAACUGGAGAAAAGAUUUGUAAAAGCACCAAAAUAAUGAUGUGUUUUAUAGGUAGUGGUUGUUAAUAUUACAUCCCCAUUAAAAAAAAUACUAAUGGGUAAUGUGUGGAGAUUUAUUACCAUAUAUUGAAUCAAAAUACCAUGAAUUAAUAUAAAAGUGUUACUGAAGAGGUAAAAAUCAUCUUGUCCAUUUUAAACACUUGUAAACUAGAAAUAAAAAAAUUAAAUAUUUACUGUAAAAGGAAAUCAGACUUAGUCUUUUUUGCUAUGUUUAUUAAAAAUUAUUUUAAUGAGGCUUGUUAAAAGUUUGGUAUCCACACCAUCUUGGAAAAAUGUUGUUUAACCUGCAAAUCAUUUUGAAAAACAAUGCUUACUUGAUUUCUAUCUAUAAAAAGAAUGUCAGCUAGUUACACACAGAAAGGACUUAACACACUAACCUGAAGUAAUUUGAAAAUCAGAUGGAUAGUCUUAUGAAAGGCCUGUCAAAAAUACUGUUAUAAAUAUAGUGCUGCUGCCAACUUUAAUUGGGAAACGUUCAUCUGUAUGAGUCCUAUUUUGGAUAUUUGUGUAUACUAAAGUGUAUGUGGAUAUAUAGGUAUAUAGGUAAUAUCUUUAUUGAAGCCAAUAGAAAGAAUGGACUGUAGUGGGUGAGUAUUUUAUUUAUCUCUUUUUCUCAACCUUCAUUUUGAUUUCAUUUCCAUAAUGCGAGUGUUUAUACUUUUUUCAGGAGGCAGUGCUUGAAAAAUAUGCUAGAAUAAGGCC